AUGGAUUUCGCCGCGCUGAUGGCCAAGGAGAUUUCCAAGGCCAAAGGCCCCGACCCAAAAUCGUCUUCUCCAGACAAGGACAAGGCCACCUCCACAGAAUCAACGAAGAAGUACAUGCGCCGAGGAGAUGUGGAAGCCGCACGCAUCGCUGCAUACAACGAGGAGCAGGAGCGGCUGCAGCGCGAACGGGAAGAGCGCAUGGCCAACAAGCGCAAGCGCGAGGAAGAAGAGGCAGACCGGCGGCGCGAGCGCGAGGAGAAAAAGCGACGGUUGGCAGAGGAGUCGAAAAAGAAGAGGGAAGAAGAGGAGGCUGCGGAGGAGCGUGAGCGGCGGCGCAGACUCGGUCUGCCUGAACUCCCUGACGCCGACGAUACCACUCCCGGCGCCGAGGACGCAGAGGGGGACAUUGAUGACGAGCAACUUAUCCAAAAGCUACGAGAUCUGAAUGAGCCUGCCAGGCUAUUUGGUGAGAGCCACCGCGCCCGUCUCCGACGAUACCGCCGCCUGGCGCAGCCGCAGAAGAAGAUGACCGACGGACCGAUUCCCACGUCUCUGGAACCUGUGCCUGGUGGCCAGAUGAUCAUUCCGGCGAAAAUCCCCAAGGACCAGGAUGGGCGUCUCUUCCUGUUCCGGCAGUUGGCAUCCUAUUUCAACAUGGUGCUCUCGGAAUGGGAGCUUGCAUUGGCGAAGCGUGACGUCUCGGUACGGCAAAGCUUCCAGGGGAAGCAAGCGUACAACGCCAUGGUGCAAGCGCGCGAGAACAUGACGCCCCUGAUCCGACUAUUUGAGAAGGCGGAACUGGAGGACGGCCUGUUGGAGCCCGUUGUGGAAAUUGUCCACAAGGCUCAGAAGCGCCGAUACGUGGAUGCAAACGAUGCAUACCUGCGGGUCAGCAUUGGCAAGGCAGCAUGGCCUAUUGGUGUGACCAUGGUGGGUAUCCACGAGCGAUCCGCACGCGAGAAGCUGCACCAGAGCGACCAACAGGCGCAUAUCCUGAGCGACGAGAUCACUCGCAAGUACCUGCAAAGUAUCAAACGGUGUCUCAGCUUUGCGCAAACUCGGUGGCCCCCGGAGGAUCAGCUGCAGAUUAUGGGCUAG